AUGUCUGCUACCGCCGGAUCAUCUUCUCCGCCAACGAAGAAGCAAAGAAAUGACUCACCCACGCAAACGAUACAAUUGGAGAAUGGAAACACAACUGCACCUGCAGGAGCUCCUCAAGGGAAUGGAUUCAACCGCAUACUGACACCAAAAGAGGAAGCAAAACGGAUAAAAUCAAAAGUACGAGAUCGUCAAAAGGUUCUAGAAAAGAUGGGAGAAGAGCCAAUCUAUUUCGAUAUCGCAGAUCUUCUAGGUGAUGAAGUUGUUCAAACGAUCAUCAAAGAAGGACCUAGCAAGGAAUUCAUCAAUAAAUUUAGACGGGGAGAAGAGAUUGAAUGCAGAAUCGAACGAUUGAGUGCUCAUGGUGAAGGAUUGGCAAUAGCUCCUUCUCGCGAUUGGGUGAUUGCUGUGCCUCAUUGUGUACCAGGAGAAUUGGUGGUUGCGCGAAUCACUGCGAAUGAACGCAUGUAUUCACGUAGUGAGCUUGUUACCGUCAAGGAAAGAGCUGCAGAGAGUUCACAUGCGAUCGAAAGGGAUGACAAAUUAGUCAAUUGCAAGUAUUUCGGUACUUGCUCUGGAUGUCAAUAUCAACAUAUAGAAUAUGCAACACAGCUAGACAUGAAGCGCAAUGUCGUACAACGGGCUUUCAAGAAUUUCUCGCAUCUUCCUGAAGACCUCUUGCCGCCAGCAAAAUCUACUUUACCAUCUCCAUUGCAGUUCAACUAUCGUACAAAGCUCACGCCUCAUUUUGAGCUACCGCGCGAGCUAAAGAGGAGACGAGGAGCAAGAGGGAGAGAUGAGACGAUUGAGAAGCCCAAAGAAGUUCCCUAUGUUGCUAUAGGGUUUGACAAAGUGGGCACAAAGCAAGUGCUGGAUAUAGAGGAAUGUCCGAUCGCUACCGCUUCUAUCAAUCGUGCAUUGCCAGCAGAAAGACAGAGGGUGAAGGAUAACAUCUAUACGUACAAAAAUGGAGCCACAAUACUCUUGCGAGACUCACUCAAGCAAUUUGAGGAUAAGGACGAUGCUUCAACAGAGGUGAUUACUGAUCACAAGGCAACAGUGAAGGAGCGCGUAGGUGUGACCAAAUUCUUGUCCCCCGCUGGAACUUUCUUCCAAAACAAUCGUUCCAUUCUACCAUCUUUGAUCUCGUACGUUCAAGAGCAGAUACAAACGUACUCUACCGCCCAAGAAGGAGAUCGAUACCUCGUUGAUGCAUAUUGUGGAUCAGGCUUAUUCUCACUCUGUCUGGCAACGCUUUUCAAACGUGUUGCAGGUGUAGAAAUCAGUGCUGAUUCGAUCAAAUUCGCCAAGCAAAACGCAACGAUCAACGGGAUUGAAAACGUUGAUUUUCUCGCUGGAGAUGCUCAAGAUAUCUUUAAACACAUUACCUAUCCUUCUGAUCGAACUACGAUGAUCCUUGAUCCACCGAGAAGAGGUUGUGAUGAACCUUUUAUCAAACAAUUGCUCACACUUGCACCUCAACUGAUCGUUUAUGUUUCGUGUAAUGUACACACUCAAGCACGCGAUGUUGGACAAAUGAUCAAUGGUCUUCCUGGAGCGCCAAAAAGAAAUUAUGAAAUCUUGAGCAUUCGAGGCGCAGACUUGUUCCCGCAAACAUAUCAUGUCGAAGGUAUUUGCGUUCUAAGGAGGAAGACAGGCGAGGAUGGUGCAUAA